AGAUACCCGUCCGCCGCUAGGGUUUGCUACAGAGAUUUCCUCCCGCUCCGAGCGUCUCAGCCCCCCGUCUGCCUUCCUUCAUGCAGUCAGAGACCCAGCGCUCGUGUUCAGACACGAAAAUGCACACCACCCGGCUAGGAAAGUUUCACAGCAGCUCGUUUAAAAAUAACAGACUCUAAGUGAAUCCCUGGUGGGGCGCCGGUUGGGCAGAAAAGCGCAAAAGCAUGACGGCCAGGAGAACCGCUUUCCAGCCGUUAUUCAGCUCCCGCAUCCCGGCGGAGAGGAAGGGAGCGGCUGAACGCGUUCAUAACCCGGAGUGCUGUGACUCUUCCCCGCAGGAGCCGGAGAAACCAGCCGCGACCCCUUCAGGGCUGCCCGCCGUGGGGGCUGUCGGGGGACCCGGGCCGGUGGUGGUGGUGGUGGACGAGUCAUCCGACAGCGAGGGAGAGCAGGAAGGGCCGCAGAAACUCAUCAGGAAAGUGUCAACCUCCGGGCAAAUACGAAGCAAGACGAGUGUGAAGGAAGGGCUGCUUCUGAAACAGACGAGCUCAUUCCAGCGUUGGAAAAAACGUUAUUUCAAAUUGCGGGGACGUACACUCUACUAUGCCAAGGAUGCCAAGGCGGGUGGCGUUUUGGCCCGCUGGCAGUAUCGAGUCUCUCGUAGCCGCGUGUGCUGGAGGGUGCUUUCCGUCUGCUGGACCGGUGCCCGCCAUCCGCCGCCCACUCUUGGCCCCAGUGGAUCGGAGGAAGGCUUGAUGGCGAUUCGGUCUCUUAUUUUCGACGAAGUGGAUCUUUCAGAUGCGAGUGUUGCCGAAUCAAGCACAAAGAAUAUCAACAACAGUUUCACGGUAAUUACACCGUUCCGAAGGCUUAUCCUGUGUGCCGAGAACAGGAAAGAAAUGGAGGACUGGAUCAGCUCGCUGAAAUCGGUUCAGUCCAGAGAGCAUUACGAGACGGCACAGUUUAAUGUGGAACAUUUCUCAGGGAUGCACAACUGGUAUGCCUGCUCCCACGCUCGCCCCACCUUCUGUAACGUCUGUCGGGACAGCCUCUCAGGGGUCACUUCUCAUGGCCUCUCCUGUGAAGUGUGUAAAUUCAAGGCCCACAAAAGAUGCGCAGUCAGGGCCACCAACAACUGCAAAUGGACAACGUUGGCCUCUAUCGGGAAGGACAUCAUUGAGGAUGAGGACGGGAUUGCGAUGCCACAUCAAUGGCUGGAAGGCAACCUGCCCGUCAGUGCCAAGUGUGCCGUUUGUGACAAAACGUGUGGCAGCGUGCUGCGCUUGCAGGACUGGCGUUGUUUGUGGUGCAAAGCCAUGGUGCACACGGCAUGCAUGGAUAUCUACCCCCGCAAAUGUCCCCUCGGCCAGUGCAAAGUGUCCAUCAUCCCCCCUACCGCCCUCAACAGCAUUGACUCAGACGGUUUCUGGAAGGCCACCUGUCCCCCAUCAUGUGCUAGUCCACUCCUCGUGUUUGUCAACUCAAAAAGCGGAGACAACCAAGGGGUAAAAUUCCUGCGUCGUUUCAAACAGCUGCUCAAUCCCGCUCAGGUCUUUGACCUGGUCAACGGUGGACCUCAUUUAGGCCUUCGCUUGUUCCAAAAGUUCGACAAUUUCCGAAUCCUCGUGUGUGGAGGAGAUGGAAGCGUUGGUUGGGUUCUGUCUGAAAUCGAUAAACUAAAUCUUCACAAACAGUGCCAGCUGGGCGUUCUGCCGCUGGGCACCGGGAAUGACCUGGCACGGGUGCUUGGUUGGGGGCCGUCGUGCGAUGAUGACACGCAACUCCCUCAGAUACUGGAGAAGCUGGAGAGAGCCAGCACGAAGAUGCUGGACAGGUGGAGUAUAAUGACGUAUGAGAUUAAAAUACCUCCCAAACACAGCUGCCCCGUCACACCUGAGGAGGCAGAGGAUGGCCAGUUACAGAUAUCUGCUUAUGAGGAUUCAGUGGCUGCUCAUCUCACAAAGAUCCUGAACUCAGAUCAGCACUCAGUGGUCAUAUCUUCAUCAAAGGUAUUGUGUGAGACGGUGAAGGAAUUUGUGGCCAAAGUUGGGAAGUGUUACGAGAGAAGCAGUGACAGCACUGUGGAAGCUGAUGCUCUGGCCCUCAAACAAUGUACGAUUCUGAACGAGAAGCUGGACUCGCUCCUGCAGACGCUGAAUUUGGAGGCCCAGGCCAUGACGCCCUCAGCCCUCACCACACCACCCAUCGUGGAGGAGGAGGUGGAGGAGGAAGAGCUGGAUGAAGAGGAAGAUCUGAGUGAAGAGUCUAUAACGGAGCUGAAGGAGAAUGAGACCGAGAAGGGCUCUGCCCAUAAGCUCUUCAGACCCCGCGAGCAGCUUGUACUGAGAGCCAACAGCCUGAAGAAAGCACUCAGACAGAUCAUCGAGCAGGCGGAGAGAAUGGUGGAUGAGCAGAACGCUCACACCGAGGAGCAAGAGCUGCAGUCUCCAAAUGACUUCAGGAAGGACAGCGAGGACGAAAACAAAGACAACGAGAAGGACGAGGACACUAAAGAACUGGAAUCUCUGCCCUGUGAGUUCACACUUUUAAAUCUUAGACAUGCUGUCGCUGUUAUCCGUUUCCUGUGAGACACAAAGUGUUCUU